UCGAAAACUCUGCCACUUGCUAUCUCGUGCACGAAUAUUCCGUUGCGUAUACGUCUAGGAGUGCACACGUCACUACAACAACAAAGCUAUAUACACACAAAACAGAUACAACAACAACAGCAAAAAAAACACCAUGUCACAUCAAUGCAGUUGUGGUCGCGAUCUCAACAACAAUUACGUCUCGUACACAAGCGCCUAUGCCAAUGGCAGCUCGAGCCUGGAUCGCGACACGAAUAGCAGCCUUUCAGGGGGCGGUGUUGGUGGCGGCAGCAAAUCGGCCAUGUCUGGCAAAACCACACAGCUGACGGCGAAAGUGAUGUUCGGCACGGUGGGAGCGAUCAAGGAUCUGCGCGAGAAGGAGAAGUCACGACAUGCGAUUACGCGCGCCAGUGAUCGACGCAACUGAACGAUAGCGAGUUGAAAUUUGACGGACUGAUGGCGCGUUGGCUACAUGGGACGGACGGAGGGGGGGGAGGGAGGGACAACCGAAGUGGGCAUGGAGAAAGGAUUUUAAGGGAUAAUAUUAGCUUAGUGGAGCUUAGUAAUUGUAAUUCAAGUGAGACUUGCAAGCGAGAGCAACUUGAGUAUAGCAAAGUUGGCGGCAGCACCGAAAGAAGCUGCCACU